CAGCCCCAGGCCCCUCCCGCUCAAAGCCCCCGAGUUGGGACAAAGGCCGGAGCCCUAGCAACGCGGGAGGAGCUGGACCCGCGGGUUGCUACUGCGUCACUUCCGGGAUCUGCGGCGGGAACCACUUCCGGGGGAGCGGCCCGGCGGCGCGGGAGAAGUUGGCUCUGGAAAGUGGUGAAUCAGAGGAGACCACAGGCAGCUGGUGGCCGAGGCCAUGGCCUCCGACCUGGACUUCUCACCUCCCGAGGUGCCUGAGCCCACUUUCCUAGAGAACCUGCUGCGGUACGGACUCUUCCUGGGGGCCAUCUUCCAGCUCAUCUGUGUGCUGGCCAUCAUUGUACCUGUUCCCAAGUCCCAUGAGGUGGAGGCAGAGCCCUCUGAGCCCAGAAGUGCGGAGGUGACGAGGAAGCCUAAGACUGCUGCUCUUUCCGCCAGCAAGAGGCCCAAGAAGGAGGCAAAGAAGAAGCGGUAGAAGAGGAGGCCUGUAGAGCCAGGCGGGCGAGGCAGGGGCCUCGGCGGGGAGCCCUCCUGGGACUCAACGUCCUGUUCCCUCCGACGUCCCAGGAUCAGGGCUGAGGUGGCUGGGCCACUCUCUGACCACAGAGAUCUGGACAAUCAUGACAGUCCCCAGGCCCCAGCUGGGCAGCCUACCACUUCCCCUUCCUUCUGCUUCCGAGACAGUUUAGAGCCACAGGGACUAAACCCUGUGUGCAGAGGCUGUGCAAGAAGUCUGUCUGUCCAGAAGUUGGGUCAGCUCCGAGUGACAUUUCCAUACUUAAUCAUUGUGUCCAACCUUCAGACCCACACCUUGUGGAUUUACAUUGCAUUUUAGAGUCGUGAUCUCAUGCUGACACACACUGCCCCUCCCAUCACUUGUGCACCACAGAUCUGCUAAUCAGUCACCUUUGUCUCUGCCAUACAGAUGGGGUCAGGCCAGGCCUUCCCUGUUUGUUUAGGUCAGGACGCCAUGGCUACUGCGAUAUCAGUGGUCUCACAAGCAUGACAGCCAGGUCUGAGGAUGCCUGGUGGCAGAGCCAGCAGGCAGGCUGGCCGGCCAGGGUUUGCCUGGUUCUCCUCUGGCAGACAGAAGGGAUUUGGCUACACGAGUGCAUGUUCUUGGGCUCAAACUUUCUUAGCCUCUGAAAUGGGGGGCUUGUCAGUCUCAGAACAACCUCUUUUCAGCCCAUCAUGGCGUAUUCAGUGUGUGCCUUUUGGCUUCAUCUGUACACGUCCCCUUUCCCCUCAAUUCUUUUAACACCAUAACAGUGAGGAAAAGUCAUCUGGGCAAGUAAAUGUCAAUAAACUGCCUCACAUGCUGAA